AUGACUUUCUAUGCCAUCUUUCUGACAUCUCUAGUGAAAAGAUCAUGGAAAGAAACCAACAGGUAUGCCAACUGGUGCAUCACUAAGAAUGGAGGGGAUAGAUUCUGGUCUCCUGUUAGCAGUGCAGACAAAAGUGCACUGAUUGGUAUAAUUGACAUCAUGGGUGUUGAUUCAAAACCAGAGAUAGCAGACGACUGGUCCACCUACCAAACAAUAAGAAAUGACUACAUUGCCAACAUCAUGAGCCACAAUAGGUACCAGAAACUGAUGCAGUAUUUUCACUGUAACAACCCAGAAAGGGGAAAAGAGGCACCUCUAUAUAAUAUAGUACAGCCAGUACUGGGUGCUGUCUUCAUCAAGUCCCGGGAAUGUUACAGCAUGCACCGUCAAGUUUGCAUAGAUGGGUCCAUUGUUGGUUACAAGGGUCCAGGGUCCUUAUGGUGGAGUCCCUGCAAUUUUUAUCAAAUGAAAACCCCAUGCUAA